UGGAAAAUAAUAGAAAAAGGAAAUUGAAAUGUAUUUACCAUGACGCCUCCUCAGCUCCUUAAUUAGAGAGCAUAGACAACAAGCAGACACAUACUCUGACAGACUAACAGUAAGGGGGGGAGAAACCCACGAAACAAGAAAAACACACUUAAGUCAAAAGAAAAGUCACGCACUCCUUAUGGUGCCAGAAAAGAUCAGAGUCUUUGUAUAAAACACUCUUGACGUUUUGUAAAUCAAUGGUUGCUUUCUCUUCAAUCUAGUUACAAAUGGUUAAUGAAUAAUUAUAAUACACAUCCAAGCCUAACACAUGACUAGCACGUGCAAUCUACCAGAGGUUGUGUCAUUUUUAAUUUCACAGCAGGCUGCAUGGAUUUAGGACCUUGAGGAUGUCAGAUGUUUCCAGCAGCAGCCUACAGUUGCAUUGAGCUGCCGAUAGCAGCGCGAUAAAGCAGCGGCGGCACAGAAAAGUUGAGCCAGACGAACCAGAUCUAAAUGCACCCUGACGCACGGGUGGAACAGCACAGCAGCGAUGGGAGCUUCGCAGACGCGUACGGUGCACAAGUACCAGGACCUGGCGGAUAAAACUGGAUUUUCACUGGAGCAGAUUAAAAACCUGUACCAAAGAUUCCAGCAUCUGAGUGGAAAUGAAGAGACAAUAAGUAGAGAUAACUUGGAAAGCAUACCAGCCCUCGCCAACAACCCAAUCAGAAAGCAAAUUAUUGCAGCAUUCUUUGAUAAAAGGAACCAGCAUCAGGAUGAGGUGGGCUCCUGCAAUGAGAUUGGCUUCGAGCAGUUCCUCAUGGUCAUGUCGCACUUCCGCCCUCCAAACGCGAAAACGACGGAGGAGGAGAAGGAAGCUAUGAGAAAAGAGAAGCUUCGCUUCCUGUUCAACAUGCACGACACAAACAAUGAUGGCACAAUCACUCUGGUGGAGUACAGGAAGGUAGUAGAGGAGCUUCUGUCAAACAGUGGAGACAUCGGGCAGGAAGCUGCGAAGGCGAUAGCAGAUGCUGCCAUGUUGGAAGUUGCGAGCACAAAUGUGCCCCACAUGGGUCCAGAGGACUUCUAUGCAGGAAUUACGUUUGAGCAUUUUGAACAGAUCUUAGAAGGGCUUGAAAUGGAGUCCAGGAUGCACAUUCGCUUUUUGGAUGUAAACACUGCAACAAUGCGUUGUGGGAAAUCACAAUCUUGAAGUUGUUCUUGUAGAGAAAUGUUUGUGUUGCUGUUUUUAGCAGGGCC